AUGUUGUCCAAGGGACGGUAUUCAAAAGCGGUGGAUAUAUGGGCCGCCGGUUGCAUUUUUUCCGAGUUUUAUGGACGGCGUCCGCUUUUCCUUAGUCGGGAUAGUCUUCAACAGCUCCAUGAAAUUGAAAAGAAACUAGGUACUCCACUGCGAUCGAUUCAGGUGAGAUACAAUUGGCAGGGUUUCAAAGGAAAUUGCUACACGGGAACGGACUUUAAAGUUCUUUUCCCAUUUGCCCACAAUGGAGCCAUUGAGAUUAUGGAUAAAGUUUUGGAAUGGGAUCCAUCAACGAGAUGGACUGUUGAAAGAGUAUUGAAACACCAAUUUUUCAACCCAGUCCGUCACCCUGCUAGCGAGAUCAAGUGUUCAAAGUUGUUCGACUUUACGUUCGAGAACAGUCAUCCUUCGCUACGUCAACUUAAAACCCUUCUCGAGCUGGAAGUAGGUAAUUUCAAUCGUUCUUGA